UCCCUCCCCUUGUCCUGACGCUGGCCCUUUUUGUAUGCAAAAUGUUGCCGGUCCAUUGCGACAAGCGGCUGCCUCACUCACUGGAUUUGAACCAGGUUCAAUAUGUCUGAACAUGCUCAACUUCUUCGCAGACCAUUGCCACCAAAAGAUGCAAUAUCUGCAAAAUCCUGUGAACCCAUAAGUCGACCACCUGAUAAAAUUUCUACGAAAAAUGCAACAGCUCCCAAGGGUGAACACAAGAAGGAAAACGCAAAAGAAUUAGACUCUGCCAAUCAACCCUGCACUUCCUGUACUCCAAAUAGAUUUCUUUCCUGGGAUGUUGCUGUACAUGGACAGGAUGACUUGAAUUUUGCAGAGGAUGAUCUUUGGUAUGAUUUGAAUGAUUUUCUUCAGGAACCCAGUGUGAAAGUUCCACCUUUGCAGAGUAAAGGCGUAGUCUUAUCCCGUCACAACUAUGAAAAAAUUGUGAGGCUCCUUGCUGCUGAAUUAUGGAAUCAGAACCAGGAAAAAGUGAACAUUGUAGAAUUGCCUUUUGAUGAUAUUCCACCUGUGUUAAGACGAAUACCUGAGAGACAACGCACUAUUGGUACCCCAAGAGAAAAUAGGCAACUAAAUUGGGGAAAGGUGCCAAUUUUUGAAGACCCUUCCCCCAACACUGACAUCUUCACAAAUGAACUGAUUGCUGCUGCUCGACACCUAGAAAAUAACUUAAGACGUGGUAUUGGGCCAGAAUUGUCUGGCUAUCCAGGUCCAAAUACUGAAGGAGGUAAAGAAAUUCUUGAAUCUUCAGACAAUGUAUCCCUAGAUUCGGAGGAAGAACCAGAAGGAAAAGUAAACCCAUAUGAUCUUCUUGUUCUAAGAACCAUAACAGUCGGAAAUGAUUCUUUAAACCUCAGAGGUCAUUUUCUUCGCCAACUUCCUGAUCUGACUGCACUUGUUUCCAUAUUAAAGUAUCUGAACCUGUCUUUCAACACUUUACAGGACAUUCCUGCUGAGAUUUAUAGAUUCUCCCACCUCGAAGUGCUAAAUUUACGAGACAACCCUAUAGAGGAGAUUUCUUCUGAUAUUGCAAAACUAGCAAACCUGAAAAUCUUUAAUAUUUCCUUCUGCCAAAUUUCAACCCUGCCUGCUGGGUUAUUUCAUUUAGCAAAUCUCCAGUCCCUGAACAUUGCCUAUAACAAGAUUUCUGUUAUUUCCAAUGACAUUAAGAACCUAAGAAAGCUUCAGUUUUUAAAUAUUGAAGGAAAUGAGCUGACAACUUUGCCACAUGGCCUCCUCCAACUCCCUUUAAAGCAAUUACGUUUGGAGAAUAAUUACAUACACCCUUUGUUCUGGGAAGAAAAUGCUCGGAACCAACCACAACGACUGACUGACCUAGCUGCAGUUACUUUCUCCAAGAACUACUUAAUUCAGCAGUACACAAACAUUCCUAAAGAGGUACAAGAAAUACUGAACAAUGCAAAUAUGUGUGAGUGCUGCAGAGGACCUUUGUUUGGUCCAGGACUUCAACUGAUCAAGCCACGUAAGGCAAUCUUCAAUCGUGAAAGUCUCCCGUUCCUGUAUCAUGCCUGUUCACCAUCUUGCUAUAAAUGGUUCAUGUCCAAGACUGACUGAAUAUAUUCUUCACUAAGCUUUGGCCUGCUGGAAAAGGAAGUUAAUGAAGACCAUGUUCAAUUUAAUAUGUCAGCCAUUAUGAACUCCUGGUACACUUCAUUUCAGCAACUGUGGACAUUGUUCAGUGUUCAUACC